GCUCCAGGGAGGACGAGAACGAGAACGAGAUCUCUGCUUCUUCAUUUCUCUCCUCUUUCUCUGCAAGAUUCAAAGAUGGGGCUGUCUUUUGGCAAGCUUUUCAGUCGGCUUUUUGCCAAGAAGGAGAUGCGCAUACUGAUGGUGGGUCUUGAUGCUGCUGGUAAAACAACCAUUUUGUACAAACUCAAACUUGGAGAGAUAGUCACCACCAUUCCUACCAUUGGUUUCAAUGUGGAGACCGUGGAAUAUAAGAACAUUAGCUUUACAGUUUGGGAUGUUGGGGGUCAAGAUAAGAUUCGUCCUUUGUGGAGACACUACUUCCAAAAUACCCAGGGGCUCAUCUUUGUUGUUGAUAGCAAUGACAGAGAUCGUGUUGUUGAAGCUAGGGAUGAGCUUCACAGGAUGUUGAAUGAGGAUGAAUUGAGGGAUGCUGUUCUGCUAGUGUUUGCUAACAAGCAAGAUCUUCCAAAUGCUAUGAAUGCAGCAGAGAUAACUGACAAGCUUGGACUCCAUUCUCUCCGCCAGCGUCACUGGUACAUUCAGAGCACUUGUGCAACUUCUGGUGAAGGUCUGUAUGAAGGGCUUGAUUGGCUGUCAAACAACAUAGCAAAUAAGGCAUAGAGGCUUAAUCAUCUUUGGACUCUGGAUUAUGGAGUAGUGAACCCAGAGAGAAUAGGCUUUGUCAAUUACUUGUAAACGGUUUAUUUGUUAUCUUUCUUUUGUCCAAUGUUUUGUUUCUCAAGGAUUCCUUACUGUCUUCUGCAGUGUCAAAAUAAUUUUUGAAUUUAAUCAUCUUAGUGGUUAUUAA